AUGGGAACAAGACACAUUAGUCAUGCAGGUAUUAUUCGACAAAAGGACGGUGUUAUCAAGGCAAAGUCUCCAAACUUUUUGUUGGUGCCCACAGAUUUGGCCAAGAUAGAGGCUGCAUUUGAACAUCCCAGAGAUGCUCGCAGCGGCGACAGUAGCAUUUCAUUUCUUGAUAUUCCCUAUCGCGCAGUCAGAGCCGACAGCCUUUCCAUUUAUGCAAAAAAUGAUAAAGCAGGAAUAAUUAUAUCAAAGACAAUUCAACACUAUAUCAUUGCUGUAUACGAUUCUACCAUGUAUCCAAGUAUCGCUGUAGAAGCUGUAGAAAAACUCGGCAAGUUAUCAAAAUCAAUGUUUGCCAAGUAUAUUCAACAUAUGAUCUAA